GGGAAACGGGGCGGGACCCUCGGGGGCGGGCGCGCGGAGUCUGACCGCUCCGCUCCGCCCGGGCCCCCACCUCGGCCAGGCGGGUCCCUGCCACCUGCGCCCCGCCUCUAAGGCCGCGCCCGCGGGGGAAGUGCGGAGCACGCCUCAGCUCCGGGAAGGGCGAGUUCCCGUGCGGACCCGGGCUUGCGUCGGGGGACGUUAAUCGGCCGCGCGCGGGAUGCGGCCGCGCUGAGAGCCUGGCCGCCCGCGGAUCCCAGAGCCCGGCGUUCACGGAGUAGCUUUCCUGGCUGUGUGGGAAGGUGGACUUGUAACCGGGCAGGAUGACCAACCCUUCGGCCAAGCAGAACAAGGAAAUAGACUGUCUGAGUCCCGAAGCUCAGAGACUGGCGGAGGCCAGGCUGGCGGCGAAGCGUGCGGCCCGCGCCGAGGCCCGAGAGAUCAGGAUGAAGGAGCUGGAGCGGCAGCAAAAGGAGCCCUCCGAGCACAGUGGCCACCUCAACUCCAGCUCCCGUGCAUCGUCCAGAGCCAGCUCGGCGCGGGCCAGCCCCGUGGUUGAAGAGAGACCAGAAAAAGAUUUCAAUGAGAAGGGGUCUCGUAACCUGCCCGGUCUGUCUGCAGCCACGCUGGCCUCCCUGGGUGGCACUUCCUCUCGGAGGGGAAGUGGGGAUACCUCCAUUUCCAUGGACACUGAGGCAUCCAUUAGGGAAAUCAAGGAACUUAAUGAGAUAAAGGACCAGAUUCAGGAUGUAGAAGGCAGAUACAUGCAGGGGCUGAAAGAGAUGAAGGACUCACUCGCAGAAGUGGAAGAGAAGCACAAAAAGGCCAUGGUUUCCAACGCUGAGCUGGACAACGAGAAGACAAAUUUCAUGUACCAGGUCGACACCCUGAAGGAUACGUUGCUGGAGCUCGAAGAGCAGCUGGCUGAGUCCAGGCGACAGUACGAGGAGAAAAACAAGGAGUUUGAAAGGGAAAAGCAUGCUCACAGCCUCCUGCAGUUCCAGUUUGCGGAAGUGAAAGCAGCGCUGAAGCAGAGAGAGGAAAUGCUCGAGGAAAUCCGACAGCUACAGCAGAAACAGGCGAGUUAUAUCAGGGAGAUUUCUGAUCUUCAGGAAACAAUAGAGUGGAAAGACAAAAAGAUAGGGGCAUUAGAGAGGCAGAAAGAGUUCUUUGAUUCCAUCAGGAGGGAACGAGAUGAUCUUAGAGAAGAAGUAGUCAUGCUGAAAGAGGAAAUAAAGAAACAUGGAAUCAUCCUAAAUUCAGAAAUAGCUACCAAUGGAGAGACUUCAGACACUCUGAAUAACGUUGGAUUCCAGGCUCCUACCAAGAUGACGAAAGAAGAGCUGAAUGUCCUCAAGGCGACCGGAGAUGGGACCCUAGGAAGAGCCAAUGAAGUGGAGGUGAAAAAUGAAAUUGUGGAGAAUGUGGGGAAAAGAGAAAUCUUGCAGAAUACUGAGCAAGAACAGCACAAAGAGGAGCCAGUAGAGGAUUGUGUGGACACAGAGGUGCUCCGUCCUGGUGACAAGGCGGAGGACCAGAAAACCUCUGAAGACAGUGGCCCCUCUCUGGGAACAGUAGCACAUGCUGCAGAUGGGGAGCAGGUGGAAAGCCACGUUCUAGCCAGCACGUCCUUCCUUGAACACACAGAGCAGGUUGGGUCAAAUGAGGUCACAAGCACCGCAGAUGGUAGGGCUGGGGCUUCACGUUUGGGCCACUCAGAUAGUGAGAUGGGUCAGGGCCCUGGUGACGCCUUGGAUGUCGAAAACCAAGGUGGAAAAUCUGCAGAAGGACGAGAACAAGAAAAGCAAGAUUUUAAAACCCAUUUGGGAGAGCUUAGCACGAAACCACACGAGGAAUCUGCUCCUUUGCCAAUAUCUGAAGUCGAGAGGGUGAGUAGCACAGACACUGGGGGGCCAAGUGGGAACCCCUCCCAUGGCAUGGCGGAGGCAGAGCUAACUGGCUUGAGGGAGCAAGUGGGCACAGUGGCCUCAAGUCCUCCAGAGCAUAGCAGUGCCACAGUGAGGCGUGAUGAAAAAUGGACGGUAGGUGUCCCCAAAGAGUUGGACCCCAGCACAGGGCAGGGUUUAGAGAACGAGCUCACCAAGCAGGAAGUAGCUGAGCCCAGGGAAGCCCCAGUUCAGAGCACAGGAGUCGGUGGGGAGAACAACGAAGAAGAGGAUGAAGGAAGAGAAUUAAGGGAUGAGAAACCUGUGCAGACAGAGGUCCAAACCAUUCCUUCUUGUCCAGCAACCAAAAGCAGUGCUCAGGAAGUAGCAGGUCCAAGUAUGGUAGAGGCCCAAGCUGAACCCCUAUGUAGGAAAGAACCCAGUGAAGAAAAGAAAGACCAACAGGGAGAAGCACUGGAUUCUCCACAGAAGAAGACGAAAAACAAGAAAAAGAAAAACAAGAAGAAGAAGUCACCAGCACCUGUAGAGACCCUUACGGAUGUUGAAAAAGACUUAACGUUUCAGAACCCAGAUGUCAGUGAAGUUGAGGAGGAGCCGGUAAAAUCUAUAGACCACAAAUCAGGUGUAGAAACACAACACGAGGUACCUAAACAUCCACAACAGGACGUUGUAGUAGGGAGCAGUGAAAACAUCGAUUGUCCAGAGAGUCCUCACCUGGAAUUGGAUGGCACACUUGACCAAGCAAACAAUGGCGUCAGCACUAAGGCAGGGACGGUCCUAGCUGAAGGAGAACCGUUGCCUUUGGAGGGUGCUGUAGUUCAAGCACCAGGCACUGGUGCUGGUGGUGAUGGGUUAGACGAGGGUGUUAGAAAAGACGGUGCUGCAGGAGAGGGCGCUACUCCAGGCAGUUCCCCAGAGCCAGGGGCUGACGAGGCAUCUCGCAGGGCCCAGCUCGGAAACGGAAGGCCCUCGAUGGACACCGACGACGCCUUUCACACGGAACAUGCAGAGGGCUGUGUGACGUCAGAAUACCCAAGUGCACGAGCCAGGAAGGGUUUAGUUAGCAUUAGUCUAGAAAAUGAUGACUUGGCACCGGCAGGAGACUUGGGAGACUUCAAUUCCGAUAGCAAAGAAGAGACAAGAGGCAGAGACGGGAAGGACAAAAGCAAAGAAGAUUGCGCCCUGUCGUGAGCUGAGGCUUGUCAGGCGGAGUUAGAGGGGCCGCAGCCUGUGCAGGAAGUCCCACCACUGAGAUCCCUGAAUUGUUCUAGAUCCAUAGAGCCGCACCGUAUGACAAUCGAUCGCCACGUCACCUCCUGCUUUAAGUUACAGACUGUUACUUGUAGCUUUAUAUUAAGGUUCUCACCCAACUUAGAAAGACACGUGUUAUCAGUGUAAGUUCUAACAGAGCAUUCCAGCCAUAUCAAAGCGUAAUGGACACUGUUUCUAUUUCUGCUUCAAAUCAAACAUAGUUAACAUUUUUCUUAGGCUGAUGUGAAUAUGGAUAUUCUUGACCAAGUAUGUCAGCCUCUCCUUGAAAUGACCAAAUAGCAUUCUGAGAUUUGCACAUUUUGGGUGUAAUUGAUAUUUAAAAUAAUUUCUCAUUCAAAUAACUAUACUUUUUUAAAAUUUAAUUUUGAUAUGUACAUUAUAACCUUGUUUAAAAAGGAGACCAACGGCCAAACCACACCUCCGUCACCGAGUGAUAAGAUUUGCACCUUAGGACCGUAUAAUGCAUCCUCUUAGGUUCACCACACCUCUUAAAGCACUGGGAGAUCUCACACCCUUUACCUCAUAGAAGUAUUUUAUCUCAGCCAACACUUUCGAUCUCAUUAUUGAUGAUCCCUGCAUUUAUUUUGUAGGAGAUUUUGACUUCAUGCUGAUUAGAUACCAAAGUCAUUUUAUACAAAGAUUUUUUUUUUUAAUUUUUUUUUCUGGAAGAGAAGUAUGUUGAAAUUGCAUUUCCUGGGUAGUAUUUGGGUGGGGAGGGUCAUUUCUAAAAUUUAUUUUUUUUAACCUUACGAUUCUCUUUGUCUAAUCAUGAGUCAAAAGAGCAACACAAAACAAUACUGUCAUCGUGCAGACUGCUGAAUAGACUCUAAUAGGAUAUCUUAAAUAGUUGGAUCAGUUUUGGUAUUUUGGUGUAAACGUUUUCAUUUGUUGUGUCUCAGUAUAUUCUUAUUGGAAAAUUCUCGCUUUGGUCUUCCUGACCAACAUACAUAUUUUCUAUACAAAGAAGCAUUUGAAAAAAUAAUUGUAAAGUUCAAAAAUAAUUGUAACAUAUGAAAAUCACAAGGGAAUGUACCUUCUGAAUGCUGUCAACAUCUCAUAAAAUUAUAUGAAUUCAUAUUACUGUUGCAAGACAUCACUGAAUGCAAACAAGACCAAAACCUCAAUAAAAUGUGGGGCAAACGUGUUAACCGUGUAACUGAAAUAAACACACUUUCUAGUCUUACAA